AUGGCGACUGAGUUCCACAAUCUACAGGAGUUGAGGCACAGUGCAUCCCUGGCCAACAAAGUCUUCAUCCAGAGAGAUUAUAGUGAAGGUACCACUUGCAAAUUCCAAACAAAGUUCCCUUCUGAGCUGGAAAGCAGGAUUGAGCGGACUCUAUUUGAAGACACUGUGAAGACCCUGAACAACUACUACGCCGAAGCAGAGAAGAUCGGAGGCCAGUCCUACAUGGAAGGCUGUCUGGCCUGUGCUACAGCAUAUCUUAUCUUCCUCUGCAUGGAAACGCGCUAUGAGAAGGUAUUGAAAAAGAUUGCCAAGUACAUUCAAGAGCAGAAUGAAAAGAUCUAUGCUCCCAGGGGUCUUCUCAUUACUGAUCCCAUAGAGAGGGGAAUGCGAGUUAUAGAGAUUUCCAUUUAUGAAGACAGGGGCUCCAGCGGCUGCAGCUCCGGCAGUAGUUCUGUGUCCAGCAGCACAGCUCGAUGA